UAGUAAAUACGGUAAACAAGUACCAGCCACAUCGGGCAUCAAGUACAUAACUCAUAAUAGAAUGAUAUACUUACCUAUUGAACUUGCGUUUAUGUUGUUGAAUUCGAGAUAACACAUAAAUAAAAAUCAAAUUAUAAAAAAUGGAAGGCAUUUGUAGGGGUUGUUUAGUUAAAUACAGUGAUAUAUCAGAGUUAAACACAUACUCUGAAAGGAACAGGCGACUGUUUGUUUAUUCAACCGGCAUCCAGGUGAAGCGCAAUGAUGCUUUUACAUUCCAACUUUGUAAAAAUUGUUUUUCGAGUAUGAAGAUAUCAUGUAAUUUUAAGAAAUCAUGUAGAACUUCUGACAAAAAAUUGAAAAACUUCUUGUAUCUGAAAGAAACUAACGACAGUGUGGAUUUUAGUACAUUCCUUAAAGUGAAUGAUGAUUCUUCUAAAAUAGGGUAUCCAAUAAAUGAUCAGUAUGAAACACAAAACUUUAAUAAAAACAAAGAUGAUGACAAUGUAUCAACAUCAACAAGUAUCCGCAAUUUCAUGAAGGAUAUCCUGCAGGGUGACGAGAUACCAGAUAAUGAGGCUCGAAUCAUUAGCGAGGUUAUACAGGAAGAAGCUGAUAUAUCUGAUAAUUCACUGGAUUCACACUGGCUGCAGGAUGAUGUUUCAGUUGAUACUGAAUUUAGGUUGGAUUUUAGCUUCAGUCCAUUUUCUACGCCUCGAUCAAUUAUGAAUGAUCAUUGCUACACUUCCCAAAUAAAUAUUGAAGAUAAUGAACAAAUUUAUACCAAAUCAACUUCACCUGACACCAUAUGUAUAGAAAAAACCGAAUUAGAGUUUGAAAAUGACAAAAUAAAAUUUGUAGAUUGCAAAAUAAACAGAUGUGUUAUUGACAAAAAUUUGGAAAAUGCUUUAAAGAAUGAUGGGACUGACAAUUUUUCGUUAGAUGCUAUAUUGGCUACUCCUCCAAUGAUACCAAAUGCAUGGACACCAUCAACACCAACUAUAAACAAUAUACUCUUUGGUGAAAAGCUAGAAGAUGUUCACAAAUCUGGUCAUAAUAUAGAGAAGUUUGAAGAAGUCAAAGGCACAAUUAAUGUUUUGGACGAAUUUAUAACAUAUAAAGAUAUCACAAAUGAUUCUAAUCAAGGCAUUGAAAAAACCAAUCAAGAAACUUCGGAAGAUAAUAGUGAACAUAUUAAUUUGAUACAAGAAAAUAAUGUAGAAUGUGUUAAUUCAGAUCAGGAAUUAAAAGAAAAUCAUAAUGACAAUAUAAACCAAACAAUAAUUUCAAAUGAUGUAGAAAAAAAUGUAGAAGAAUCAAGAGAAAUUUUUAAGAAACCUUUAUCGCCUGUAGAAAAUAAGUGUUCUAUAGAUGAAAAGUAUUGUAAAAUGUGUGACUUAAAGUUGAAAAACGUUAGGGGUCUUCAGUUACAUAUGAGUCGGAUGCAUAAGUUAAAAGUCCUAAUAAACUCCCAGUCAAGGAAGGAAGUCAUGAUCUGUGAUUAUUGUGGAAAAACAUUUUCUUCAAAGAAAGAGUUCUUUGUUAAACAUAUUGCAUUGCAUAUGAAUCCGGAAUUGUAUCGGUGCAAUAUAUGUUCUUUAACAUUUAGCACAGAAGGAAGGCUUAGAAUGCAUCGAUCAACGCAUAGCGGAGUUGUAAUCAAGAAACCUGUUGAAAAGAAAUUUAUUUGUCCAGUGUGCGGGGCGUCCUGCUCAACGAAAUCCAAUUAUGUGCUGCACAUGCGGCGACACAGCGGUAAUUACCUCUGCAAGUGUGCCGAGUGCGGCGCCGGCUUCUAUAGGAAGGGGGAUCUUACUGUACAUAUGAGAACACACACAGGAGAGAGGCCCUUUAAAUGUAAAUACUGUAGCAAAGAUUUUGCAAGACACGCCUCCCUUAAUAAACAUAUGAAAAUUCAUACAGGAGAGAAACCCUAUGCCUGCAAUUUUUGUAGCAAAAAAUUUACAACUUCAUACAAUUUAAAUGUACAUCAAAUGAGAUCAUUUGAAUGUUUGCAGAUGCAAGAAAAAUUUGCAUUUUCUGAUAGCGCGGUAGAAAACUAAUAAAAAAACA